AGGCGAGAGGCAGGCGGACCGUGGGGGAGGCGACCGGGCUAGGCGGGAUCCAAGCAGAAGAGAGGUAGCUGCGGGCCCGACCGAGUGGGGACAAGGCGACCAGACUUGCUCGCGGAGGGCGAGCCAGAGCCUGCCGGUGGGGCGGGGCGGGAGGGUGCGAAGCUAGGCGCCUGGGCGCAGCUCAGCGGCCCGGGAGACCGGCCGCCCACCGGAGAUCGCAGUCGCCCGCCCUCCGCUCUGGGAUGUCGGAGCGAUCCAGGCAUCCAGGACGCUGACGGAGCGAGCCCGAGGAUGGGACGGCGCCCGCAGCUCCUUACCGUGAAGGCCCUUCUCCUUCUGGGGCUGAAUCCUGUCUCCACUUCCCUCCAGGAUCAGCACUGUGAGAGCCUGUCCCUGGCCAGCAACGUCUCUGGCCUACAGUGCAAUGCCUCCGUGGACCUCAUUGGCACCUGCUGGCCCAGGAGCCCUGCCGGGCAGUUGGUGGUUCGGCCCUGCCCCGCCUUUUUCUAUGGUGUUCGCUACAACACCACAAACAAUGGCUACCGGGAGUGCCUAGCCAAUGGCAGCUGGGCAGCCCGUGUGAAUUAUUCUGAGUGCCAGGAGAUUCUCAACGAAGAGAAGAAGAGCAAAGUGCAUUACCACAUUGCUGUCAUCAUCAACUACCUGGGCCACUGCAUCUCCCUGGUAGCCCUCCUGGUGGCUUUUGUCCUCUUCUUGCGGCUCAGGAGCAUCCGGUGCCUGAGAAACAUCAUCCACUGGAACCUCAUCUCGGCUUUCAUCCUGCGCAACGCCACAUGGUUUGUGGUCCAGCUCACCGUGAGCCCUGAGGUCCACCAGAGCAAUGUGGCCUGGUGCAGAUUGGUGACAGCUGCCUAUAACUACUUCCACGUAACCAACUUCUUCUGGAUGUUCGGUGAAGGCUGCUACCUGCACACGGCCAUUGUACUCACAUACUCCACCGACCGUCUGCGCAAGUGGAUGUUCGUCUGCAUUGGCUGGGGUGUGCCUUUCCCCAUCAUUGUGGCUUGGGCCAUUGGGAAGCUUUACUACGACAAUGAAAAGUGCUGGUUUGGCAAACGUCCUGGAGUAUACACUGACUACAUCUACCAGGGCCCCAUGAUCCUGGUCCUGCUGAUCAACUUUAUCUUUCUCUUCAACAUUGUCCGCAUCCUCAUGACCAAACUCCGGGCAUCCACCACAUCUGAGACUAUUCAGUACAGGAAGGCUGUGAAGGCCACUCUGGUGCUCCUGCCCCUCCUGGGUAUCACCUACAUGUUGUUCUUCGUCAACCCUGGUGAGGACGAGGUCUCCAGGGUUGUCUUCAUCUACUUCAACUCUUUCCUGGAGUCCUUUCAGGGCUUCUUUGUGUCUGUGUUCUACUGUUUUCUGAACAGUGAGGUCCGCUCUGCCAUCCGGAAGAGGUGGCGGCGGUGGCAGGACAAGCACUCCAUCAGAGCCCGAGUGGCCCGCGCCAUGUCCAUCCCCACCUCCCCCACCAGAGUCAGCUUUCACAGCAUCAAGCAGUCCACAGCGGUGUGAGCCUCAGGCCACAGAGCAACCUCCAAGACCUGAGGCCGGGGAAAGGAUGCAAAGCUCACUAGCGAGCCUGUCUGCAGAGGCAGGCGGCCUUCCCAUUCCUAACCCUCUGCUGCAGACCUGAGAGCCUGCCCAGCCAUGGACAAUAGCUCAUAGCACUGGGCUGGGCCCACAGCAUCUGGCUCCCUGCUGCACAUUCUCCCUGGGAAGUUGAAAGGGACACUGGGGACUAGAAACCCUGCAGCAGUUUAAUGGGCCCUGUGAAUACUGUCUUUUCCCAGAGCAGUUCACUGAAGAUCUGUAGUCUUCAGCGGCUGUUGGGAGGCCACUUGUUACCCCGGGGCAUCAUGGGAAACUCUCUUCUGAGACCGUAAAGCCUCUGGGUGUUAGCAACAUCUUGGGAUGUCACUGAGAACCAACGCCACGUGGUCGAGUCAGGAGACCUGGAGAUAGCUUUAGAAAUCUGGAAACAUCAUCAGACCGCACACUCCACCUCCCUAGAAGCCACUCCUGAGCCACCAGAAUGUCAUCAGCACCAUGGCCCUGCCACUGGAAAGCCCUGCCUUGCUGCUUCGCUGCCUCGCAUCUUUAGACGUUUACUAUUCUGCAGGCCAGUCCAGCUUUCUGUCACUCACCCACUGACAGCAACGGUCCCCUCACCCCUAAGCCCUCCCACUUCUGAGUAUCUUCUAACCUGUGAGAAGAUGGGGGUCGGGAAGGGGACUUGAGUUGCCUGUAAGGGAGAAGCAGAGUGGGCCCAGCCUAUGAGGAAGGAGUGGCCCCUGGAGACCCAGGCCACUGCUUCUUCAGUGGCUGGCCUCUUGAACACGGUCACAAGCUGGGGGGAAGGGGGGAAGGGGGGAAAGGACUUCUCUACUCGAGUGCCCUGAAUGGUGACAGGACAACUAACUGGCAAAGCCCUUGCUCCCAGACUCGGAAGGGCCCAGUCCUCACUGAGUGGGAGGGUUGAGGAGCCACAGCAGGACCGAGGUGGGGAUGAUAUAAAUAAUAUUUAUCUUUUCAACUA